UGGCCCUCAUCAAUUCGAGCCACCGUGUACGCCAGGUUCGCCUCAUCCGACACGCCCUGGGUAAUCUUCACGAAGACCGCUCCGGACCCGGGGACUGUUGCAGAACUUCAAGCUAUCGUCGACAUGGUCGUACCGGGACUAGGGUACAAGGUGGAGAAUGGAGAUGAGCUAUUCGAAAGGCAAUCCGAGAUUGGUCGCACCGCCCUCGCGCACGUCGAAAGUUUCUACUCUACUGCGGCAUUCGAGGGCAACCCCGCUGCUAUCCAAGACCACGCCACCUGGGCGCUGCAUCAAGACGGACCCGGCUUUUGGCGGAUUCCGACGCCAAUGGAGCAGACACAGCAGCUCUCGCGCAAGGAUCCGCAUUACCGGAAACCGAAAGGAUACCUUCGUUCAGCUUUUAUCAACAACAUCAUGCGAGUACUCGUCCGCCGAAUGACUGGCUCGUACAUUCGGUUCGACCAGCCCAAGGGUGCUGUGGUUCUCACGAUGAUUGCAGUAAGUAUUUUAAUUCUAUUUACAUCCCCCUUCUAA